AUGAGGUUACUUCUACUGGUAGUUUCUUUACUUUUACUGGUCGUGAAUGCCAUAUAUGAAGACCAGGUAGGGAAAUUCGACUGGAGAAAACGACUAAUCGGAUGCCCGAAUAAAAUAGUGUUUGAUAAGACGCACAGGUAAGAAAAAUAAGAAAUAAGUAGUUGCCAAAAUUAUUUCAGCGCGACAAAUCGUUUUGUUGUAUCUACACAGCAAUCUAUUUUGGCUUCAGCAGAUUUGAAUAAUGGCAAGAUUGGUAAAGAAAGCUUCAAUACAAAACAGUUAAAACAAAAAAUUUUACAGCAUGGAGACGCAUACUGGAAUCACCUCCGUCAAUAUCAGCAGAAGCUUCCCUGACCGUCGAUGAAGAAUGUAACAGUUAUUUUCUGUUUUUAACAAAAAAUCCAACUCACAGAUAUUUACCAAAUAUCGGAUGAUGGUCGUGUCGUUCGUGUUUGGCGUAAGACAGAUGGCAUACUUGUUAGACAGCUGGCUAUCACUGAAAAAGAAUCAACACAGUAAGAAGAGAUACCAAUAUCUAAAUUUAUUCUAUUUUACAGCAACGCAAUCCACGUAAACGGAAACCGCCUGUUCGCCGCAUCAGGAACAACAUUGGUUGUAUAUUCGCUGAGAGACGACAACCCUGUAGAAACUCGAGCUCUUCACGGCGACCGGUUAGUCACGUGUCCAACGUUUACUGUAAAACCCCUUAUUGAUAAGUGUUGCGCUUCUAAUCGAGGUUUUACAGUAAUUUUUUUUAAUUUUCUAUAUUUUAUUUCGUUUAGCAUAUUACAUACAUUUUGCUGA